CGCGUCAUCUGGCAAGGCAGUGGGCACCGGGUCACCAGGCAUUGGAUUGUCUGGCUCGACAGCGGGCAUCGGGUCACCAGGUAUGACAGCGGGCACUGGGUCACCAGGCAUCAGGUCAUUUGGCUCGCCAGCGGGCAUCGGGUCACCAGGUAUAACAGCGGGCACUGGGUCACCAGGCAUCAGGUCAUUUGGCUUGCCAGCGGGCACCGCGUCAUCUGGCAAGGCAGUGGGCACCGGGUCACCAGGCAUUGGAUCGUCUGGCUCGACAGCGGGCAUCGGGUCACCAGGCAUCAGGUCAUUUGGCUCGCCAGCGGGCACCGCGUCAUCUGGCAAGGCAGUGGGCACUGAGUCACCAGGUACGACAGCGGGCUCUGAGUCAAUUGGCACGACAGCGGGCACCGGAUCAGGUACCGGAUCAUCUGGAUCAACAGCGGGCAUCGAGUCAACUGGC